CGAAGCUCAAAGCUGUCACCGUUUGUCAUCACAAUUUAAAAAUAAAAUGUUUUAACAUUAUUUCUGUAAUCCUACCAUGGCCGACGAAGAAUACGAGCGAUUUGAAAUAACCGACUACGAUUUGGAUAACGAGUUCAAUCCGAAUCGUCGAAAUAGGCGUCCUACCAAGCAUCAACAAAUUUACGGCAUUUGGGCAGAUGAAGAUUCAGACAAUGAACUGGCCGACGAAGAGGCCAGCUCUUCCCGUAGAGGCCGAGUUAGGUUGGGUAAGAAACCGAAAGAUUAUUCCGCUCCCAUUGGCUUUGUGGCUGGUGGAAUUCAGCAAGCCGGCAAAAAGAAAGAGGAAAAACCCAAAAGUGAUGAUGAAGAGGAGGAAGAUGAAAAACGGCCACGCUUCGGUACGGUCAACAGCGGAACUAGCUCCGAGUCAGAAUCGGAAGUGGCAGCAAAGGCAAACGAUUUUAGAUCCAUGGCUGGUUUCCGGAAAUUUACUGCCCAGAGCACUAUCAAUGUAGGCAAAAAGGUUGGGAACUGGGAGCAGCACACCAAAGGUAUCGGAGCUAAACUAUUGCUGCAGAUGGGAUAUCAACCGGGAAAGGGUCUGGGAAAAGAUCUUCAGGGUAUUUCUGCUCCCAUUGAGGCACACUUGAGGAAGGGCCGUGGAGCUAUUGGUGCCUAUGGGCCGGAGAAGAAAACGGUUGUGAAGGAUCUGAAGCAUAAAGAAGCGAAGGAUGAAGCGAUUGAAAUCAAAGACAAGGAUGUCAGUCAGCAGUGGAAAAAAGAAAAACACAAAGGUCGUUACUUCUACAAAAGCGUUGAGGACGUAAUUGAAAAGGGUAAAAGAUCUUACGCACUUUUCGAUAAGAAUUCAAAGUUGAGUCAUGUGAAAGUGAUUGAUAUGACUGGUCCAGAAAGUAGGGUUUUAAGUGGCUAUCAUGCUUUGGGCCAGGCCAGAAUGUUAGAUGAAGAUUUGUAUGAUGCCAAACCCACUAAGGAAACAACUAACUUUGCACUGCCAGAGCUAAUGCACAACCUAAAUUUGAUUGUGGAACUUUGCGAGCAAGAUAUUAUUGCAAUUGACAAACAGAAAUGUGCAGCCAAGGACCGUGAGGAGCAGCUGGAAAUUGAGAAGGAUAAUCUUAUUCGCAUCACUCAGUUGGAAGAGGACCAUAUUCAAACCUUAGAAGGUGCAUUGGAACUGGUUAAAGCUCUGGUAGAGCCAGAAAGUGGAUCGGUUGCUUUAGAAGAUUGCGAACGGAUCUUUGUUCGAAUGCAAACGGAAUUUCCAGCCGAAUAUAAAGAAUUUGGACUAGCCGAUCUGGCACCAGGUGUUGUUGCUCCAUUGAUUGCUGCUCGUUUGAAAGAAUGGAACCCAUUCAUUGACCCAACGCUUCAUCUGGAUCUGUUCAAACGGUGGCGUUCAAUUUUGGGUUCUUCUGACACCGAAAAACGUAACCUUCUGGAUCCAUAUUCUGGUCUUAUAUGGUCCGGUGUGAUUCCGAGCAUUCGCUCCGCUGCCACAGCAUGGGACCCGCGAAUUCAUCAACCAAUGAUUGCUUUGCUUGAUGCCUGGGCCCCAUUACUACCAUCAUGGAUUUUAGACAACGUGUUAGAACAAAUUACAAUGAAUAAGCUGAACGCAGCGGUGACAGAAUGGGAUCCACUGACGGAUACUAUUCCGAUUCACGUUUGGAUUCAACCUUGGGCCGGUAUUCUCGGCGCAAAGAUGGAGGAAAACAUAUAUCCAACUAUUCGGGAGAAACUUAGCAAAGCGUUGAAAGCUUGGAAUCCUGAAGAUCGCUCGGCGCGUGCUAUGAUCACUCCGUGGAAGGGUGUUAUGACAGAAGAAGAUCUGCAGGCGUUCCUCAUAAAGAAUAUAAUUCCUAAGCUAGAGCUACGAUUAACGGAACUGGUUAUCAAUCCGCUGCAGCAAGAUUUAGAAAUUUUCAACCAAGUAUGGGAAUGGAAUGAGCUCAUCUCUACUAUUCAGAUGGCAUCCAUGCUCGAUAAGUACUUCUUCCCGAAAUGGAUCCAAACGCUGGUUCUUUGGCUGAAUCAGUCGCCUAACUUUGACCAAGUAACGCGCUGGUACCAGGGCUGGAAAUCCCAGUUCACCGAUGACAUCAUCCGUCAGACCAACGUCAAGGAAAACUUCCGAAAAGCACUGGAAUUAAUGCAGCGUUCCAUCGGAAUUACGACAGGAACAGCGUCUUCAUCAACUAUGUCCUCUUCAGAACCGAUGGAUACAACACCCACUGCUUCAACAACCAAAUCAUCUUCAUUAAUUGACAAUUCAGCGGAUAGUACACCCUCAUUGGAAUUCAAAGAGCUGGUGUCUCAGAAGUGCGCCGAAAGAGGAAUCAUAUUUGCGCCCAUGCCGGGCCGAAGGGAAAUGGGAAAGCAGGUUUAUCGAGCAGGAAAGCUGUUUUGCUACAUCGACCGAUCAGUUUGUGUUGUUAGCUUGGAUGGCGGUGUCAAUUGGACACCAAUUUCACUGUCGGCUAUGCUUGAACGAGCGGUCAGUGGUUGAGUUCGAAUGCAUUCAAUAAAUCAGUUUAAAAUACAUAGGUAUUGCCGUGUUAGAUCCUAUUAUUGCGUUUGCUUAUUUUAGAAAUAAAUCAUUAAACCCUCCUGUGAGUAGUAAACUUAAAUAGUGCUUAGUACCAAUUUUUAUUAACCACGUUUUUCCGCUCCCAGUGAUAGCUAAUAAAAAAUGAUCGAUA